UUUCCAGAUCAGCCCUCGUACGGAGAGGUGAACCAGCUGGGCGGUGUGUUCGUGAACGGUCGGCCGCUUCCUAACGCUAUCCGGGUGCGCAUUGUGGAGCUCGCGCAGCUCGGUAUCCGCCCGUGCGACAUCAGCCGGCAGCUGCGCGUGUCUCACGGCUGCGUGAGUAAGAUCCUCGCGCGCUACCACGAGACCGGCUCGGUGCUGCCGGGCGCUAUCGGCGGGAGCAAGCCUCGCGUGACCACGCCGCACGUGGUGAAGAGCAUACGGGAGUAUAAGUGCGCGGACCCGGGGAUGUUCGCGUGGGAGAUCCGGGACCGGCUUCUGGCGGACGCAGUGUGUGACAAAUACAACGUGCCUUCGGUCAGCUCCAUCAGCCGCAUCCUCAGGAAUAAGAUCGGGAGUCUGUCUCAGCCCGGACAGAGCGAGAGUCCAGGCGGAGGUAAACCUCCCGGCCAUCCGCUCACCUACAGCCCGGUGUGUCCUUACUCCUACCCCAACCCCAUUUCACCCACCGGGGCAAAACUCAGCGGACCUCCCGGGGUCGGAGUCGGUCUGUCCAGGGCCUGGCCUUCAGUGCACACCGUCAGCAACAUCUUAGGAAUACGAGCAUUCAUGGACCCUUCAGCCAUUACAGCUUCUGAGAGCUAUCAGCAAAAAAUGGAGGACUGGUCAUGUAUGAACAGAGCUUCAUUUCCUUCUCACACAGUUAAUGGCAUUGAUAGAUCGUCUAUAGACUCAGAUAUUAAAUACAACCAGUCUCACUCGAGCCUUAGCGGGUAUUUGCCCUCAUGUCCCUAUUCUGCCCAGAGUCAAUGCGGGGUGUAUGGGGGAAACUAUGGGCACCACUGGCAGUCUCAGGGCACCAGCCUGGCACAUAAUGACUCGCACCUUCACACCUCCAUGAACUUCAAAUCAUCUUCAAAUGUUGCAGACAGAAAGCCGCCCAGUCCUCUGGUUAAACAACAGCAUGAAGCUUUGAGUGUCCACGGCCUGUCCUUACCCACCUCAGCGUCCUAAACAC